AUGCGUCUGGCUUACACCGCAGUGGCCACUCUGGCUGCUCUGCUGUCUUGCAGCGACUCAGUCCCGACUGCUGGUAACUUGAAGGCUGUUCCUGAGCACGGCUUGUCUCUAGUGGCUCACAAGACGCACGGCGACGACUACGUCGCACACGCGCAGAGGCUGCUGAGGGAAGCUCAUGCGCAAGAUGAGUCGCAUGAUUCAUAUCUGUUCGAGGAAAGAGGUCCGCCAGGAGGUGCAGUAGAAGCAGUGGCGGCUAAUGCUGCUCACGAGGUCAUGUCGGAGACGAAGAGCGUCGUGGAUGCGGUGGCUGGAGCGAACGCUCAUGUGAAAGACGGCGCAGUUCAAGAGAAGAGCUGGUUGAUGACGAAGCUCGCGGCGCUUAAGGAGUGGUCGAAGAAAAUCACGUUCUUCAAGUGGAUCAUAAACCUUUUCAACCGCAGCCACAGCAACCACAAUCACGGGGAAAAGAACGUGAAAGUCUCUCCAUCGGCUCCACCAGUCGAAGCCGAAAAGGUUACGGAGAAGGAGGCUGAGGUUGUGAAGAAAGCAAAGGUCGAGGCUGAAUCAGAAAAGAAGGUCGAUGAUCAAGGUCCGCCACCACCGUACCCCGGACCUCGUGCUGAAGGUGAUGUCAAGGCUAAUGACAAGAUUAAGAAGAAUCCCACGGUUGCUACCUCGGAAUCGAAGGUCGCCCCACUCCCAUUAAAGGAAGCGGAUCCGACCAAAAAGGGGCCCGAGUCUCUUGUCACGCCGCGUGUGGUCACUGUUCCAAAGACCGAGGGCGAGGCUGCGAGAAACGUGAUCCCCAAGGAGUCGGUCACGACCGCUGAUACUCGUGGUGUCGGGCCAGCGAAAUCUCAGGACGCCAGCAACCCUUCAAAGAAGACUGAAGGUAACGCCCCUGUAAAGACUACGGGUACGGUGACCGAUCCAGGUCUCGGUGGGGGCGCGGUAUAG